GACUCGUGGUGCUGGCUGCCGCUGUUGAGGCGGCCGGGAACGGGCGGUGGGGAGCGGGCGGAGCUGGCCCUGCCUCUGCCUGGCCGGCGCCGCAGUCGGCGCGGGCCGCGCCCGCCGCCGUAAACUGCCCUGAGCGCCUGCUCAGGCCGAGGGAGAAGUCGGGGCCUGCACCUGGAGGGAGCCUGCCGCGCUGGCCCCGAGGAGGGGGCGUUGCCAUGGCGACAGCCUCUCCCGCUGCUGACGGGGGGCGGGGGCGGCCCUGGGAAGGAGGGCUGGUCUCCUGGCCCCCUGCUCCUCCCCUUACAAUCCCCUGGACUUGGAUGGGCCCGAGUUGGGGGCAACACCCCGGGCAUUGGGGCUUUCCAGCUCUCACAGAACCUUCAGCAUCCCCAGCGGCCAGUCUUGGCAUCUUCGAAGUAAGGAGAGUUUUAGAUGCUUCUGGAUGUUCAAUGCUAGCACCUUUACAGACUGGAGCAGCUCGAUUUUCUUCAUAUUUACUUUCAAGAGCAAGAAAAGUGCUGGGCUCCCACUUAUUUUCUCCCUGUGGUGUUCCGGAGUUCUGCUCCAUAUCCACCAGAAAGCUGGCGGCCCACAGCUUUGGCGCAUCCAUGGCGGCAAUGAUGUCCUUCCCUCCCCAGAGGUAUCACUACUUUUUAGUGCUGGACUUUGAGGCCACGUGUGACAAGCCGCAGAUUCAUCCUCAGGAAAUCAUCGAGUUCCCCAUCCUGAAGCUAAAUGGCCGGACCAUGGAGAUUGAGUCUACCUUUCACAUGUAUGUCCAGCCCGUAGUCCAUCCACAGCUUACUCCCUUCUGUACAGAGCUCACCGGGAUUAUUCAAGCCAUGGUGGAUGGUCAGCCAAGCCUGCAGCAAGUGCUGGAGAGGGUCGAUGAGUGGAUGGCGAAGGAAGGCCUCUUAGAUCCAAACGUCAAGUCAAUUUUUGUCACCUGUGGAGACUGGGACUUAAAAGUCAUAUGACUGAACCCUUUCCAGACUACAUAGGUCUCCCUUCUUGUUGUUUCAAGUACAAACAAACAUGAUGUCUCUGAUUGAAAAAAAAAGACACUUGCUCAUAUUACCCUACUCACUGCUUGAUUUGGGGGCAUGCACUCAAUGGGGACUACUGAGGGUCAUGCAGCCAAGACUGUGGAAGAGCAGAGACUGCUGUCACCUGGGGUGAAGUCCCAUGGCGGUGGAAGCACCCGCCUGGGGAGCAUUGUGGGGCAGGGACUGUCUCGUGGGGCAUGUAGAUGAAGGCUGAAAUGCUGAGCCGGUGACAUGCUUGAUGGGGGUCAGACUGGGCCCUCUUGGCAUCAUUCAGCAGAGCUGACCACUUCAUCCUUCUUGAAGCACUCUUCAUUUCUACUUAUGUCUCCUGUUUCUCUGACUUUUCCUUCACAGUCCUUUUGGCAGAUUCUUCUUUCCUUUUUUCUUAAAUUUGGUGUUUCUUAAAUAUUGGUAUUUCUUCGACCUCUCUCCUAGCUGUCUUUUCUUUUUAUCCGACACACUCACACUUACCAGGGUGAUCUAAUCUAUUCCCCAGCUUCAGUUAUUCUCUGUAUGCUGUCUUCUCAUCUUUUCCUCCAUCUGAGAAGUGGGAACUGACAUGGCAGCAGUGAUCCCACUGGAGAAAAGGAAUCGGCUCCAUCUGCCAUCUGAACUCCAAGCCUUCAUAUCCAGCUCCUGUUCUUUCUCUUACCUAGAUAUACACAGACCCCUUAAAGCUCAGGUGUUACUUUUCUCCCAACACCUUGUCCUCCAGCAUUCUCUUAAAUAAUGACUGACUGGUACCAUCUACUCAGUAGUUCUGUCAGAAACCUGAGAAUCACCCUUGGUUCCUCCCUUUAGCCAUAACAAAUUAAUUGCCAAAUCCUAUUGAUCCUUUGUCCCAGAGGUUUCUCAGCGUCUUUGCCUUCUUUCCAAACCCACUACCACUGCCCUAGUUCAGGUCACCAUAUUCUUCUUGGAUUCCUAUGAAAGUCUUCUUUCUCACUGGUCUCUCUGACUGUCUUGCUUCUUCUGUUCCUUUCUCCUGAUUGUAGCAGAUUACAUCACACCCGCUUAGCAGCCUUCAAGGCUUCCCCUUGCCCUCCAGGCAAAGUCACACUGUUUAUUGGAGCUUUCAAGGCUCUUGUUUAUUACUCUAGCCUCAUCUCUUGAUGCUGUCUAUGUAUUCAGUCCCCACCCCAGCCAGAUGCUCUAACUGGCCAAUUCCUAAGGAUCCCUCCUAACGUCUUUCUCCAGGUGGCUUCCUGUGUGUUCUUGGAGCACAUGUGCUUAUUGAUACGUGAAAGUGUGCUGUAGCUGCCUCAGCUUGUCUGUCUCUU